UAAUGAAAAUAGCAACUUCAUUAGGAGACAUGUUUAUGUCAGCAGCAUAUGCACCAAGUGGUAGAGCUACUUGUAAAGGAUGUUAAGCAAAAAUUAAUAAAGAGGAAUUAAGAUUAAGCAAUAUUUUAGAUGAAGAUCAUUAUCAUUAAGAACAUCAUUUUCAUGCAGAUUGUUUUUAAUUAAAACCAGCCUUUAAAAAUGCAACAUAUAAAGAUAUUUUUCAUGUUGAAAAUUUAUCAAAAGAAGAUUAAGAAAAAGUAAAAGCAAUUCUUGAAAAACUAUAAAAAAGUUAAAUCAAAAAGAAGCCUUAAUAAAAAAAAGUAAAUCCAAAAUCCAAAUAAAGUAAACCAAAAAAAAGUGAUGUAGAAGAUGAUAGUAGUGAUAGUGAUGAUGAUUACAAAGGAGAAAAAAUUUAAAAGGAUAAAAAAUAAAGUAAAACCUUAAAGGAAAAAAAAGUAGAAGUUUCCAAAUUAUCUGAAUUAUCUCAAAAUUAAAGUGAUGAAGAAAAACCUGAUGUCUUUGUUCUUUAUGAUGAUGCUUAAAAAGAAGAGUUUAGAAAAAUCUAAUUAGAAUUAGAGAAAAAAUCUGCAGGUUAAUUGAAAUAGAUGUUAAAAGCAAAUGAUCAAAAAUAAACAGGAAAUAAAGGAGAACUUAUUGAAAGAAUAGCUGAUUGUAUGAUUAAAGGAUGUUUAGAGAAAUGUCCAAACUGUUCAGGAGGAAGACCCAAAUUAAAUCCAAUUUAGAAAGUCUUUAAAUGUCCUGGAUAUAUGGAUGAUACAGAAUUCAGAUAUUGUAAUAAAGUUUAUGGACCAAAAGAUCUCAAAAGAAUUCCAUGGGUUGAUAUUUGA